AUGGCCACCGCUGCCUUGGCUCAAGACCAAGUUGUCCCAGCCAAAGUCGCUUGGGACGAGGAGGCACCUGAAGACGGUUUCGAAAUCCUCGGGGGCCGGGAAGCCAAAACCCACCAGCACCGUUAUGUGGUUGGGUUCAAGAGGUCGCCCAAUAAUGUGACCGAGUGCGGCGGCAGUCUGAUCGCCCCCAAUGUCGUUUUGACAGCGGCGCAUUGUUUGGACAAUACUCUACCUUCUGUGGUCGUGGGCACGCACUAUUUACAAGGUUUUCGCGACGGGGAACUGGCCACUGUCACCCAGGAAAUCAGACACCCUAAUGGCGCCGACGUGGGCAUCGCAAUCUUGGACCGCAACAUCACGACCAUCCAACCUGUGAGGGUGUCGUUUGAAUUCGUUCCGGCGGGCAAGCUCACUUGGGUACGCGGCUGGGGAUUCGUCAAGGUUGGUGGCCCCCUAUCCCCAGUGCUCAAGGAGCUCAACGUCACGACAUGGAGCAACUUCAGGGCCUCGGCUGCGUUGUUCCCCGAUCGAUUAACCCAUUCGGAGUUGGGUGCUGGAGGGGUGGAAGGAGAAGACUCGUGUCAAGGUGACUCGGGGGGACCGUUGACCAUCGAAGAAAACGGUGCCGUGCGAUUGGUGGGGGUGGUCGCCUGGGGCCGUAAAUGUGGUCUGCCCGGCAAGCCAGGUAUCUAUGAACGCGCCAGCGCUGCUCGUGCCUUCAUUAAACCAUACUUGCCGAAGUAA